AGAAAGAUAUAAGACAGCACCACCACCUGAUAUACAAGAUACCAUCACGGCUCAGAUAUCGGAUCCCCAGGAGACAGGGCCGUGACCAGCACAGAAUAUAAUCUAGUCCUAUCUCAAUCAGCACCCCCUCCCCUUCCAAGCAUCAUUCAGACAACCCAACCCCUCUAAAAAUACGGGUAAUGAGGCCACCAGCCCCUACACGCAUCGCCCGUCCGCAGGACCACGGUCAGACCGCACAGUCAACUCAGGGUCCGAAAUCAACCAUCCAGUCCCCAGCUAAAUGUGUGCAUCCUCGCAGGUUUGAGACACAUUGGGUUUGUAAAGAUCCGCGGGAUCACUCUGGUAAGAACAUGCCCCAUGCGGCGGUUGAAGUAGUCCGAUGUAUUGACAACCUUCUUUGUUGCAGGGGAUGAGAAAGAUAAUGGAAUGCCG